AUGUCGACAAGAAAGCAUAACGAUUUUCUGGAUUUGGAAGAGAGUGAUGGAAAUGAGAGUCAAGGAUAUAAUUCAGAGGCAGAGGAUUUGAGAAAGGGUGGCAGAAGUUUAAAGAGAAGAAAGGUCAAGGACGACGAUAAGAGUGAUGAUGAAGAUGCCGAACAGAAUAGCGAUCAAGAAGAACAGAACUCUGAAGACGAUGUAGUUCAAGAGACCUCAAAAGAUAUCAAAUCAAAGUCGAAGAAGAUUUCAAAAGAAUUGGAUUUACCAGGAGUUUCGAGACCAUUGACGAAGAAAAAUCUUGUCGCGAGCGCUGCUGCCAUCAAGAAAUCUGGCGUCGUCUACCUAUCCCGAAUACCACCUUUCAUGAAACCGACAAAAUUAAGAUCCCUUCUUGAACCAUUCGGUGACAUCAAUCGCAUAUUCCUCACACCUGAAGAUCCCGCUUCGCACACGAGACGAGUACGCAAUGGAGGAAACAAGAAGCGAUCUUUUGUGGAUGGAUGGGUUGAAUUUAUGCACAAAACGGAUGCUAAGAAGGUGUGCGAACUGCUGAAUGCGAAAACUAUUGGAGGCAAAAAGGGAAAUUACUAUCACGACGAUGUAUGGAAUCUUCUUUACCUGAAGGGCUUCAAAUGGAAUAAUUUGACGGAGCAAAUUGCGGCAGAAAAUGCAGAAAGAACAAGCAGGAUGAGAGCCGAGAUUAGCAAGACGACGAAGGAGAAUAAGGAGUUCGUAUCAAACGUCGAACGGGCCAAGAUCCAGGAGGGAAUGGAAGCCAAGAGAUCUGCGAAGAGAAGAAAGGAUGAAGGUGUCGAUGUCGAUACCACGAAGGAUGGAUCCACGGAGACGAAGAAGCAGAAGACAAAUGCUGAUCGGCCAAUGCGCUUCAAGCAAAACGCUCCGGCAUUGAAAAACAAAACACAGAGCCAGCCAGACCAUGUGAAGAGAGUUCUAAGUAAGAUUUUCUAG